AUGGGCUUUUUGACUGACCCACUCAAGCGACUCAAAUGGGGGUUUAUACCUACCAGACGUGAGGUAGAGGACGAGAUUGAAGUGGAUGUGGUGGAGGUUAAGUCUGAUGAGAAAGCCGACGUUUCAAGCGAUUCUACCGCUGACGGCCCGGUAUUGGAAUAUCGCGAUGAGCUGCAACGCAAAUGGUAUAAAUUCUUUGACGAGUACGAAUACCGUCUUAAUAGUAAGACCAGAAGUCAACACAAGUGGUUCAAAUGGUUUAAUGAAACCGAUACCGCCGCGGAGCGCAAAUUGAUUACCAAACUCGACAUCCUCUUAACGUUCUAUUCACUCAUGGCAUACUGGGUCAAGUACUUGGACCAAACCAACAUUAAUAAUGCUUAUAUCGGAGGCAUGAAGGAAGGUGUGGGCAUGAAAGGAAACGAUUUGGUCAAUGUUCAAGUCAUGUUCAAGAUUGGUAACAUUAUUUUUCAGAUUCCAUUCAUGUACGCUCUUUAUGGUUUACCACUCAACUUUGUGCUUCCUGCCCUCGAUGUGUGUUGGUCCAUUUUGACGGUUUGCAUCUACAAGGUGGAGCAUGUGGGACAACUUAAGGCAAUAGUGUUCUUUGUGGGAGCUUUCGAAGCACCAGCUUAUUUGGCUUAUCAGUACCUUUUUGGGUGUUGGUACAAGGUUGAUGAAAUGGCUCGUAGAUCCAUGAUUUAUUACUUUGGACAAUUCCUCGGCUUGAUGACUAGUGGACUCUUAAGUGGUGCCAUAGAAUGA